CUCUUUCUCUAUCCGUCUUUUUUUUGCCCUAUCUCUUAGGGUUGCAGAUGCUCUCAUCACCUCUUCAAGCUAUCUACGCUUUGUUGUUCUUCGUGAUUCUUCUCUUUUUUACUCUCCAUAGAGGGUUUUCUGUGUUUGAUCAGUUCCUUUGUGGUUUCCAGCUGAACCCAUGUCGAAGAUCUUUGAUUUCAACGGAGGAGAUGAUCUUUUUUGUUCUUGGGGUUCUUCAACAUACGCAAAAACUAAGGAAUCCACUAUCUAUUUUCCUCCUCUCAAGAGAUCUCGCGUCAACGCCCCUUUCAUAUUCGAGAUCUCGAAGAAAGCUGAAUCUUCUAUAGAUGUACUUCCUGAUGCGUGUCUCUUUGAGAUCUUCAGACGUCUGCCUGGCCCACAAGAGAGGAGUGUAUGCGCAUCCAUUUCUAAGCGAUGGUUAAUGAUUUUGAGCGAAAUCUGCGCCACUAAAACGACACAAUCGGCCGAGACUAAGAGAACCUCGAUCAUCUCUCCAUGUUUGAAGGACGAGAUACUUAAGUGUGAUGAUAAGACUGGAGUUGUUUACUCCUGUGGAAAAGAAACAGAGGUUUUCGUUAAAGGAGACGACUAUUGUGAGAUCGAUGGUUACCUUACUCGGAAUCUACAAGGGAAGAAAGCUACAGAUUUAAGACUUGCUGCUAUUGCUGUUGGAGCUACCGGCCAUGGAGGGUUGGGGAAGCUUUCUGUUCGUGGAAGCAAUGGAGUGACGAAUGUCGGCCUUAAGGCAAUCGCAAUGGGAUGUCCUUCUUUGAGGGUUCUUUCCCUGUGGAAUUUAUCCUCUAUUGGAGACCAGGGAAUCAUCGAGAUUGCUCGUGGAUGCCCCCAAUUGGAGAAGCUGGAUCUCUCUCAUUGUGCGUCGCUUUCAGACGAUUCUCUACUCGCUAUAGCGAAUAGCUGCCCAAAUCUGGUCUCUUUAACUAUCGAGUCUUGUCCCAAUAUAGGUAAUGCCGGUUUGCAGGCUAUUGGGAAUAGCUGUCCCAAACUAUCGUCGAUUGAGAUAAAAAACUGUCCGCUUGUUGGAGAUCAAGGAAUCACGAGUCUGUUAUCAUCCUCGUCUGGAAAUUUGUUGACGAAGCUGAAACUGCAAGGUUUGAAUGUGAGUGACAUUUCUCUUGCUGUUAUUGGACAUUAUGGUAAAGCAGUUACUGAAUUAGCGCUAGUUGGUCUUCAAAAUGUUACCGAAAAGGGUUUCUGGGUAAUGGGUAAAGGUCGUGGCUUGGAGAAGCUUAGGUCACUUACGAUAUCCUCUUGUUCAGGAGUUACUGAUUUAGGAAUUGAGUCAAUGGCCAAAGGCUGCCCGGAUUUGAAGCAGUUUUGCCUUAAGAAAUCUACACUCUUCUCAGACAAUGGAUUGGUGUCUUUUGGAUCACUCGAGAGUCUGCAACUGGAGGAAUGUCACGGGAUUAGCCAAUAUGGGUUUCUCGGACUCCUUUUCAAAUGUGCUGAGAAAUUGAAGUCUGUCAGUUUCUCAAACUGUUUAGGGUACAAGGAUUUUGGAAUCGUCCCUCCCAUGGCUAAAUGGUCGUCCUCCCUUCGUUCUUUGUCCGUUCGUAACUGCCCUGGAUUUGGCGAUUCUAGCUUGGCUAUGUUGGGUAGGACUUGCCCGCAACUCCAAAACGUUUCGAUCUCGGGUCUUCAUGGGAUAACCGACGAGGGUCUUGUCACGGUUCUUGAAAACAAUGAAAUCGGUCUCAAGAAAGUCGAUCUAAGCGGUUGUGUGAAUCUGACUGACAAAUCGGUCUCUCUAUUGACGAAGUUGCAUGGUUCCACCCUCGAGGUUCUUAACCUCGACGGUUGCAGGCUUGUGGGUGAUUCUGGUUUGGAAGCGGUUGCUGAACAUUGUUCGGUUCUUAGCGAACUUGAUGUCUCAAAAUGUUCCAUAACUGACUCCGGAGUGUUGGCUUUGGCUAGGGCAGUUCAUUUGAGCUUCAGGAUCCUAUCUAUCUUCGGUUGUUCAAUGGUGUCUGAGAAGAGCGUUGGUCCUUUGUUGACGCUGGGCGAGAAUCUCAUGGGAUUAAAUGUUAAGCAAUGCCGUGGAAUAAGUGGAAGUGGGAUUGACGCUAUUCUGGAGCGUCUAUGGAAAUGCGACGUUCUCUACUAAAUGCGAUAAUGUCUAGUUAAGUCACGUUAGCUAUAGUUUGCAAGUUUACGGUUUGGUUCUUUCUACUUUAGGGAAAAGAAAAAAAGAGUAGUCUUUGCAUCCGGUUACCUAUAUUUUUUCCCAGGAGGAGAUAUGGCCUGAUUUGUUGCGGUUUCUUCGUAAGAGAAGCUGUUUGGAGAAUUUUUGCUUGCCCUUUGGAGGGUUUGCUGCAUUCUUCUUCAUUGGCCAAUUUGAGACCUGUGGUUAUGACAUUAAUGGGUAAAUGGUUAUGGAGUUCUCUCUUUUUCUCUUCUUAUAUUUAAAUUAUAAUGUCUGGUUAUUGAUGUUUUUUAGCAUAGCCUUGCAAUGACUAGUAUCAUGCUUGGUUAAGUUUUAAAGUUUUCAGUUGCUUCAUGCAGCAGCUGUUUCCUAAGUCUUUUCGGUUUGUUUUAGAGUCUUUGUCGGCCAUGGUUGCUUCUCAUUGUUCAAGCUUGUCUCGGGUUUUCUUGGCUUUGGUUGUGGGGGUCAGCUUCUUUAUGUAGUCUGCCCCCUUCCGACUCCUUUUAGGGGUUGUUUUUAUGGUGACCAAAGUUUAGGUUUUGCCUGCGUUGUUUCCUUGUCCAUGAACUGUAAUUACAAUGGCCUUGUAAUUUAUUUUACUACCUGCUUUGUACUCGAACUCUGCUGUUUGUGUAAUAAUGCAAAUGAAUAAAAUGUGUGUUGUUUGGGUCU